UCCAUGUGGGGAUGAUUGGCGAGCUGAGCAACAAGCGUUCCAAAUCCUUCAACCACCGGCACCUCAAUUGCUUCACCUUCGUGCUGCAAUAUGUUGCCAAGCUGGACAACAGACCCCGAGACGCCGCUGCCUGAGGCGGCGGCGGCGACGCCCGAGGCGUUGCGCGGGUGGCGGCUGCGCGCGCCGCAGGAGAAUGACGCGGCGCUGCGCGCUUCCUUCAGCACCGUCCUCCGCGCCUCCGCCGCCCUCCCCCCCGACCGGCGCCUCGUCAUGUACGACGCCGACGACGGAGGCGAGAUCCGCAACCCUGAAGAGCGGCUGUUGCGGCUGCAACUCACCGGCGGACGCUACGACCUCCUCACAAACAAGUUCCCGCUCUUCCCAAAGCAUAUGCUGCUCGUCUCGGCGUCGCUCGUGCCGCAGCAGAUGACCCUGCCGCACCUCCGCUCCGUCGGCGAGCUCAUCCGCCCCUCCUCCUUCUGCGCCUACUUCAACUCGUGGUGCGCCUCCGCCUCGGUCAACCACUUCCACUGCCACGUCAUCGACGAGCUGCCGCCGGUUGCCAAGCUGGCCCUGGUCCCCGGCGCGGUGCUGGCGGGCGGCGUGGAGACACUCAGGCCGGACGGCUUUCCGGGGCACUGCUACGUGUACGGAUGGUCGCAGGUGGGGGAGGUUGGGGCCGCAGUCUGGGCCAUGCAAAAGGCGAACCAGCCUCACAACCUCCUCUUCUCGCCCAAGCACGUCUACGUCUGGCCAAAGCCGCUGCAGCGGCCCGCGCGGUCGUGGGACCUCUACCCAGAGACAGUGGGCGGGCCGGAGCUGCUCGGCUCCUUCACUGUCUACCUCCAGCCAGACUUCGACAAGCUCACCGCAGAGCACGCGGCCGAGCUCUUCGCCAUCAACACCGCCCCCCUCCCCGCCAUCCGCGCGCCGCUGCCCCCGCGCAUCCGCUCCGCAGAUCCCGCCGCCGACGGCCGCGCUGCGGACGACUCGGACGCGCCCAUCUCUGACGCGGGAGGCAGCCGCCGCGCUCUCGCCGCCAUCCGCCCGUCCCAGUCGCUCGACUCGGCCGGCUCCGUUCUCUGCGAUGUCCUCGUCCGCUGAGCCGCGGGGGCGGUGUCGGCGGCGGCAGCGGUGUCGGCGACGGCGGCGGCGGUGGCGGUGUUUCCCCCGGCGGCGGCUAGUGGCGUGCGAUGCUGCUGUACCCUCUCCCCUCCCCGAUUCGAUGGGGCCCGUUUCUGUCGAACUUGCGACCCCCCCCUCUUUCCGGUUUUGGAGAGCGUUCUCGGGAGAGUUAGUUGACGCGCAGUGUCCGGUGCACUGUCUGUGGAAUGUCGUCACGCCCCGCAGCCAGGUCGCGGGGGUUGUGUUUUGUCAUACUUUUGUGCAUCGGUGCUCGCUCCUUCUCGUCCAAUAAAAUUACUCUGAUUCUAUU